ACAAGAAGAAAAAGAAGAAGAAAUCCCUCCUUCCCUAGAUCUGUUCUUUUUCAGUUUUUCCUUCUUGUUGUUUGAAAAGUGUCGAUCUAUUUGAAGCCCCCCGAAGCGCCCCCGGGUUCCGCGUGUGAGCGCCGCGCACCGAGCGCUGGGGGAGCGGAGCGCAGCGGAUCGACAUCUGCGGGACUGAAGGAGAAACUCUCCGGAAAAACACACACACACACACACACGCACACGCACACACACUCACACGCAACACAGAGAAGACGAGCGAUGCCGCGGAGGAAACAACAGGCGCCCAGGCGCGCAGCAGCCUAUGUGCCUGAGGAACUGAAGGAAGCUGCAGUGUUGGAUGAGGAUUUGGAUGGGGAACGCUUGGCUGUGGAGGAGGAGCCCCCUGUGAAAUACACAUGCCCAGACAAGGAUUCCUCUAUCAAAGAACGUCCAUGUUUUCAGGACUCCCCUGGUGCAGAGUUUUCUGGCCAUGAAAUGGACAGUGAGUCGCAUCUGAGUGAGUCAAGUGACCGUAUGUCAGACUUUGAGAGUGCCUCCAUGAAAAAUGAGGAGGAGAUGGUCAAAGAACCCUUGGCGGCAACCAGUGAGGAUGCCCCAGUAGGCCCGGACAGCCUGGAGCAGAUGAAGGCCAUCUACACUAGCUUCCUGACCAACUCUUACUGGUCGUCGCUGAACCUGAAUCUCAACCAUCCAGCUCCUGAUAAACAGCAGAGGAGCAGCAGCAGCAGCAGCAGUAGCAGUAGCAGCAGCUGCGGUAGUGGAAGCUAUGACUGGCACCAGUCUGCUGUGGCCAAGACUCUUCAGCAGGUGUCCCAAAACCGGCUCCAGCCAGAACCCAACCUCCUCAGCACUGUACAGCUCUAUCGCCAGAGCACCAAGCUCUAUGGCUCCAUCUUCACUGGUGCCAGCAAGUUUCGCUGCAAGGACUGCAGUGCUGCCUACGACACCCUGGUGGAACUGACUGUGCACAUGAAUGAAACUGGGCACUACCGCGAUGACAACCAUGAGACCGACAGCAAUGGCACCAAGCGCUGGUCCAAACCACGCAAGCGAUCCCUCCUGGAAAUGGAAGGAAAGGAAGAUGCCCAGAAGGUUCUAAAGUGUAUGUACUGUGGCCAUUCUUUUGAGUCUUUGCAGGAUCUCAGUGUUCACAUGAUUAAGACAAAACACUACCAGAAAGUGCCUCUCAAAGAGCCUGUGGCCCCUGUGGCAGCUAAAAUAAUUUCCAAUACCAGAAAGAGGGCUCCUAUUGAGCUGGACAUCCCCAGUUCCCCAGAAUCUUCAGGUGGGACACCCAAACCCACUUUGGUGGAUAAUAAUGAUGUCCUGCAGAAGGCCUCCAACCCCUAUAUCACGCCAAACAAUCGCUAUGGGCACCAGAAUGGUGCCAGCUACGCAUGGCAGUUUGAGUCACGGAAGUCUCAGAUACUCAAAUGUAUGGAAUGUGGUAGCUCCCAUGACACACUGCAGGAGCUCACUGCCCACAUGAUGGUCACUGGGCACUUCAUCAAGGUAACCAACUCGGCUAUUAAGAAAGGCAAGCCUAUUAUGGAGUCCCCACCUACUCCGGUUCCAGUCACCUCUGCUAAGGAGAAGGUUCAGUCCGUACCUCUGGCUGCAACCACUUUCUCCCCUCCACCUGUGGCGCCCCCUGUCAGCACCUCCCCUAACCCAUCUGUGGAGAUCAAGAAGGAAGAGAAGGAGGUGGAGUGCACUAAAGAGGUUGACAAUAAAGAUAAAACAGUGGUCGAGGAAGAGGAAGAAAAAUUUGACAUUUCCUCCAAAUAUCAUUAUUUGACUGAAGAAGAUCUUGAGGAGACGCCAAAUGGGGGAUUUGACAUCCUGAAGUCACUGGAAAACACUGUAACGUCCGCAAUAAACAAAGCACAGAACGGUGCACCAAGCUGGGGGGGUUACCCCAGCAUCCAUGCAGCCUACCAGCUACCCAACAUCAUGAAGCUAUCCCUGGGUGCCUCAGGGAAAAACUCUCCUCUGAAAUACAUGUUUACUGGAGGAGAGAUUCUUCCUCCCAGCAAAAGCCAGCCGCUGAUCUCUCCUCCCAGCAGACAGACCUCUCCACUCCCCAAAAACAAUUUUCAUGCCAUGGAAGAACUUGUCAAGAAGGUCACAGAGAAAGUGGCUAAAGUGGAAGAAAAGAUGAAGGAUCGCAAGGUGAAAGCAUCCCCCCUAAGGCAAACAACACCCUCGCCAUGUAGCAGUGAUGGUGGCGAGUCUGAAAGAGGGGACUCACCAAAAGAGAAAAGAGUCAAGACUCCAGAAAGCAAUGGAGGUAGCCACAAGGAUUUGAGCAACGAUGUCCUUGGAAAGGUGUCACUGGAGAAUGGGACAGACUCGCUGAAACGACCAGCCUCUGCUCUGUCCAAUAGCACUGCCAUCAUAACCGAUCACCCCCCAGAACAGCCUUUUGUCAACCCUUUAAGUGCGCUUCAGUCUGUAAUGAAUGUCCACUUGGGCAAGGCUGCUAAACCCGCCUUGCCAGCCCUGGACCCUAUGAGUAUGCUGUUCAAAAUGAGCAACAGCUUGGCAGAAAAGGCUGCCAUUGCCACGCCACCCGUGCAAACCAAAAAAACUGAGCCCUUGGACCGCUGUUUCUACCAUGUCAACAACGACCAGCCGAUAGAUUUGACGAAAGGCAAGAGUGACAAAAGCUGCUCUUUGGGUUCAGCUCUCCUGUCAUCCAGUUCGACAUCAUCGUCUGCUUCUCCCUCAUCCACUGUGACAACGGCUAAGACAUCUGCAGUCGUGUCAUUCAUGUCAAGCUCUCCGCUGCGCGAGAACGCCCUGUCUGACAUAUCCGACAUGCUGAGGAACCUGACAGAGAGCCACACGUCAAAGUCCUCCACACCUACCAGUCUGUCUGAGAGGUCGGAUGUGGAGGGCGUGACCCUUGAUGAGCCUGAGGAGAUUUCCCCGGCCCAGAAGCGCAAGGGCCGGCAGUCCAACUGGAACCCUCAACACCUCCUUAUCUUGCAGGCCCAGUUUGCUGCUAGCUUGCAGCAGACGUCUGACGGCAAGUACAUUAUGACAGACCUCAGCCCCCAGGAACGGAUGCACAUCUCCCGCUUCACAGGCCUCUCUAUGACCACCAUCAGCCAUUGGCUGGCCAAUGUCAAGUAUCAGCUAAGAAGGACAGGUGGAACCAAGUUCUUGAAGAAUCUGGACUCUGGACACCCGCUGUUCUUCUGCAACGAUUGUGCCUCCCAGAUCCGGACUCCUUCAACAUACAUUAGCCACCUGGAGUCGCACCUGGGCUUCAGGCUGAGGGACCUGGCCAAACUGUCAGGCGAGCAGAUUGGCAGCCAGAUCGCACGGCACACCAAGGGCAUGUCCGACAAACUGUUCUCCUCCCCCUCUCCUUCUUCCGAGGAGGAGGGCACGGGCACUUUUUACCGGUGCAAGCUCUGCAACCGGACCUUUGCGAGCAAGCAUGCUGUUAAACUUCACCUCAGCAAGACCCAUGGGAAGUCUCCUGAAGAUCACCUUCUGUAUGUGUGUGAACUUGAGAAGCAGUAGAGCUGGACUAACACUCUGCGAACUUCCUGUAGACUUUCAAAUAUCUUUUUUUAAAGGAGAACAAAAUACACUAAGAUAAAACUGCACAAAGAUGCCAUAUAACUACUGUUUUAGUUUAGGCACACAGUCUCUAUUUAUCUCCAAGGGAGACUCUGGCCCCCUCUUUUUUUUCCUGCCCCUCUUUUUUACCAUUUAUUUUCUAAUUGUACAGCGUUUAAUAUGGAGGUGCUGUAUAAUCAGCAUAUCGAUAAUGUAAAAAAAGAAAGAAAAAAGCUAUGAAGGUUAAAAGAGAACAUCUGAAAUGAAGUGCUAUGUGUUAGCGUUUGUGUAAAUCCGGUUUAGUUUUCUAUAUUUUUUGCAUCCUUGAGAUGUAUCAAGCUGCAUGCGUUAUUGGACAAUUUAAUUACACAUUUUUAACUAAAUCUAGUGCACUUUUUUGUUAAUGUGACGGAAGUGCGCUGGUACCAGCAUCUAACAUUUAACCCUCUGAGUACGGCUCACAGCUUCUACUCCAAGUUAAAAACCAAGAUAAAGGGGGAUUUUGUACGAUAAUUGGCAAAAGCUUGAAUGUUACACCCAUACAUACAGACAUGAGACACACAAACAUACAAGCAGUAUAUAGUUUUCCUCCAAGUUUCGUAAAGCAUAUUAAAUCCAAUCUGCAGUCUCUUUUUCUUUAAAUCAGGGGCCUUUAUGGAUUCAGGUCUGUGUAAAAAAUGUAUAUAAAAGUAUAUAUAUACCAGUUCCAAUUGAAAUUAUGCAUUGUUUUAUAUUUUUAAUUUAAGAGGACAAUAAUUAUCUACUGGUGCACAGUAUAUGAAGACAUUAAUGAAAUUGUUUUGCACAAUAAUUUUUUUAAAUGUUGUUUGAAUGACAGAAAACACAUAAAACGUAUUUCUGCCUCGUGCUCAAAGGGUUAAACCUCUAGUACAAACUGUACUGUAUUCCUUGCAAAACAUUUGUACAAAAUGUUACUUUAUUAAGCUUAAGGCAUUCCACAAAGUAACUUCUUAUUUAUAAGCACUCUUGGUUGUUUCAUACUGUAAAAUGUCUUUUUGAUUGUUAACGACUUCUGUUCUAACUAUUCUCCCAUAAUUCCAUUAUGCAGCUUUAUCUUGUAGAGAUAUGAAAGGUAACCAUGGUUACCAGCACAUUGAUUGACAGUUUCGCAACAUUUCUGGAAGUUAAUUUGCCGUUAGUAACUGACAGCUGACAGCAUAUAAAACUAUGUGUAAAAUAUUGGCAUGUAAACAGCACAGACACUGUUAUGCACUCUGUGCCAUGUUUUUGUUGUUGACAAUGAAGCACCAUUAUAUGAAUUCAUAUAACCUUUUUUCUA